ACGUUUUAGCGAACCUUCUGCCGUGUGAAGCAAAACGCAGGUCUGUCAUCAAGUGUCUGAGAUUUUCUAUCAAGUGUCUGGGAUUUCCCUACGUGCAGUCAACAUGCCUGGUAGAGGCAGGACUGCUUUCUUGUGGAUUAUCGGCGUUGUAACGUUGGUGGAAUCCGCUUUAGGAGGAAAGUGCCCGUCGAGAGAGUCGCCACCGCGUGUGGGAGAAUGUGUACCUAUCCGUGAUGACCGCUGCAGCUCGGUCCUGCCCUACCCCCAGACGACGUUCCCGACCCCCCUGGGGCUGCCUGACCAGGACCUGGCCCUGGCGGUCACUCCGGGAGUCUUCACGGCGCUGGACUUGGUCAGCAGGUGUCCACAUCUGGACACCUUCCUGUGUUCACUCAUCUACCCGCAGUGCACGCCUGAAAAAAUCAGGUAG